UGAUAAGCUGUAGAAUUUUGUAUCACUUGAAGGAGUCACACGACUCUAAUGAAUGGCAAAUGUAUGCUAAUAUCAGGAUUCGUCCUGCUUCUUUUGCUUUUUAUAACAUUAGCCGAUGGAAUAAGUCAAGGGCCCAAAAGCCAUGCUUUUUCGGUGGCUUCAAUGGCAUCGCUUCUUGAAACUGAAAAGAGGCUAAUCGACAACCUCGAAGAGUAUGCCAAUGCUUUGGAACAGAAGCUGCAGGUCUUUCGUGGCUAUAUCCCAAUUAUGAAGAAAGAAAACGAAAGUGGGCGUCUUCACACUAUUUCCUACCUGGGCAAUCCUAUAAAUGGCUUUUCACUCAUCCGACGACUUCAUCAAGAUUGGCCCAAAUGGCAGAAAUACCUGAAACAGCCAGUGGGCAUUGUUCAGUUAAGAAACUUUAAGGGCUGGAGGAAAGAUCUUCCCCAGAAAGCGGACUUGUGGGAUGCCUGUGCCGGCAUAACCCGCAUACAAAAGAUUUAUGAACUUAAAGUUGAAGACAUUAUCAGGGGUAAACUUAAUGGCAAGCAGUACAAUGCUUGCAUGAGUUCUGCAGAUAUUUUUGCGGUGGGGCAACAUUUGGCGAAGACAAAACAAUCGACAGAAGCUGUUUUAUGGUUGCAGGAGGUUUACUCUCGCCUCCAGGAGGAACUUCCGAUUAUUCCUGAGCACCUGUUGAUUGGGGAGAUAGAGGUCCUUAAAUUACUGGCGGAAAACUAUUUGGCAGAAGAUCUCCACUUAAAAGCCUUAACUUUACUUGAAAAUGAUCUAAAGCCUUACAAGCACAAUGCUAAAUUUUUGCGACUCUGGCAAAAAACAAAAGACCUCUUAAAAAGCCAGGAUGAGCUUUCAUUGAAAAGAAACAAACAGCCAGAAGGUCUGAUGGCAAGGAACUUAAUGUUGAGCUGUAAAGGGUUGCUUGGGGGAUCAACUAGGCAGCACUGUUUAUACAACUUCAGUACCACACCUUUUCUCCGUCUUGCGCCCCUUAAAAUGGAGCAGAUCGGACUGGAUCCAUAUGUGGUGCUUUAUCAUGAUGUCAUUUACCCACAAGAAUCGGCACAACUGAUAGACCUUGCUGUAUCGGGCUUACGCGUAAGCGGUACCGUCAAAGACAACGAUUCAAACAAAAAGCGGAUGAGGACUGUCAAGGCUCGUUGGGUGAAGAAGGAGUUGAACAAGCUGACUAGGCGCAUUACACGGCGAAUACGUGAUAUGACGGGCCUCGACCUCACCGAUUCAGAAAAGUUUCAGAUAAUCAACUAUGGUAUUGGUGGACACUACAACAUGCACAAGGACUAUUUUAACAUUACAACUACCCAUGCUAUGAAAAAUAGCAUGAGCGAACUCUUGGGAAACCGUCUUGCCACAGUUCUUUUUUACCUGACUGACGUAGAACAAGGUGGAGCCACUGUAUUUCCUGCAUCUGGUUAUACCAUAUAUCCCCGAGCUGGAACUGCACUUUUCUGGUACAACCUACAUACGGAUGGGAAUGGUGAUCCUUCCACUUUGCAUGCCGCCUGCCCAGUGAUUGUGGGCUCAAAAUGGGUGAUGAGCGAGUGGAUUAGUGAACGGAGUCAGAUGUUCCUCAGGCCCUGCCUUAAACUCUCACCAUAAACAGGCAGCUUAAGAAAAGUUUCCUUAGUAAAUUAAGUUUUCAAAAGAAAUCACCUUGUUAUAUAAGCAUGAAUGUA